AUGAAUUUUAGACAAAACAAAUUUAACGGAUUUUGGAAUAAUAAAUCCGUUAAAGCUAUGGUAGAAGAAUCGGAAUCGGAUCUACAGAAGAUGCAUUCAGUCCUAAUUGAUAGUGAUGGGUCCGGUGAGUCAUCAUCGGUUAUUACCAAUAUCGAAAUGAGUGAGGAAAUAGCGUCGGGAAGUAGUGAUGAUGAAUGUCCGGUGCUGAUUAACGAAAAGGCUUUGCAGGAAUCGAUUGGGAGUGAAAAUAUGGAUUUCAAGAACGAGUUCGGACCAUCAAGAACUUCAGAGAAUGAAUGCUGGAAAGGGCGAAAUCCUUUACAGAAAUUUUCGAUUUUGAUUGGCAGCAAUAAAUUAACAUUUAAAGUUACCGAUGCUCCUAAGAUGCGUGUGGCUGAUGAUUUGAUAUGUCAGAAAAAUGAGGGUGAACUAGAUGACGCUUUUCGUGACUAUGCGCUGUGGAGUGAUCACGAAAUUGGUCUCGAUAGGCCUAUUUACCGAUGUAAAAUAUGUGAUCGCGCCUACGCUCACAAACGACCUUUGUUGGCUCAUGAAAAGACUCAUAUCACUGGACGACCUUAUCAAUGCCCGAUAUGUACAAAACGUUUCGCUCGUCAGGUGAACUUCAAUAUACAUAUGAAACUUCAUGCGAGUGGCCGUCGUUAUUUUUGCUCUUUAUGCGGCAAAUGGUUCAGAACGCAGUCAUUAAUGUCUGAACAUCAGCAAAAGUGUUUUGCUUUGAUGAAUGGUCUGUCGGUGCCAACUGAUCGUCCAUUAAGAUAUCGUUGUUAUUAUUGUGAUAAAAUGUUCCAUCAUCGAAGGGAUAAGAACAUUCAUGAAAGGACGCAUACCGGUGAGCGACCGUACACAUGUGGGUAUUGUAGCAAGGGCUUCACGCAAUCGCAAGCUCUUACAAUCCAUAUAAGAUCACAUACAGGUGAAAGACCGUUUAGUUGUUCGAUAUGCGGCAAGGAAUUUCGGGAUAGCUCAGCCUUAAGGAAGCACGAAUUUACCAAACAUAUCAAUGAAAGCCUUCCCAAUGAUGACUGUAAUGAUUCAUCGAACGAAAUAACUUUAGUGACAACACCGCAUGUGAAUUAG